AUAUAAUAUCCACAACUUCAUUCAUUUCAGAGUUAUAAUUUAUUUAAAUUGUAACAUCCUGCAUGAUACAUCACUUUCUGAUUAAGUAUACUUUGUUUUUAAGCAAUAAUGUUCCUAAUUGUUUGUUACAGAUCUACAGGUGUGAACUUGGAAUCUGAAUGUCUAAAAGCACCACCAAUAGAUAUCACUCGGGUAUCGUAAGAACAACUGUUUACAUGAAAUGUAAAAUACAUAUGGAGGAGUGAAUGUAUAGCCCCACACAAUCUUCUCAGGACUAGACAAAGGAAUUCUGGAACCAUGUGCACUGGACACUCACGCAGUGACGUCACUGGGGCCAGCUACUCCUCCCCUCCGCGCGCCGCGCUAACUGCGUGUUACUACGAGGCAGCAGCCAGUCAGACGGUGCUUGGAGUCCCAAUGAAGUUGACGUAUUCUGUGGUGCCGCGAUACAGCUAACUGCGUCGUAACAUUUCGCGAUGUGUUGUGUGUCUCAUAACAGGAUCUUCCACUAAGAGCCUGCGAUUACAACGAACGACUGUGGAUUAGUCUCUCGAUACGGUUUUAUCUUACCGCUGUUACGUCAUCAAAUCACAUGAUUUAGACCGAACGAGCUCAGUGGUAAAGUGAGGUGAACUUGGUUAUGUGUGUAACACCUGUGAAAGGAGGCGUGUUUGUCUCGUGUUGCGUUGAAUUUGUUGACAGUUGUUUCGGAGUUUAGUUUACACUCCUUCAAGUAAUCAUGAUGGAACCUCCGCUUUCGGAAUUGGACGCCGGCUUCGAGCCUCAGCAACGAGCCCGAUCGAACACGUGGCCUUUACCGCGACCGGACAAUUUCGUGGAUAUCAAGGAAGAACCGGGUAUUAAAUGCCCUGGUGGGGUAGUGUUACCCUGCGGGGGUGUGAUGGGACCCGAGGGAACUCUUCCGGGCGUCCUGCAAUUACCCGCUGCUGCAAAGAAGAACUCCAGCCGACGCAACGCGUGGGGGAACCUGUCGUACGCCGAUCUCAUCACCCAGGCCAUCCAGUCAGCACCCGAAAAGCGCCUCACUCUGUCCCAGAUCUACGAAUGGAUGGUCCAGAACGUGCCCUACUUCAAGGAUAAGGGUGACAGCAACAGCUCCGCCGGAUGGAAGGUAAGUCGUUUUGACUUUGUCUUGGCUUCGAUGGUAACUAUGGCGUCAAGGUAACACAGACGUUCCAGUCUGCCCUUUCGUAAUACCAGUGUACCUACUUGAAGUGUAAGUGAUUGGUUGUCAGUAUAUCGACUGGAUUUAUAUGAUAUUUUUACUUUAAAAUUAGUGGCUACAGUCGGUUUCAAGAAUCUGCAUUGAUGAAACUAUACCUGAAAAUAUAACAGUAGUACUCUUAGAACUAGGCUAGAUUUUGGGAUUCCGUUUCAUUGGGCACUGCAAGCCACGUGUCGCUUGCUGUUUCUACAAGGUGGUCGCGGACCACGUCGGUUCCCGGACCCCACGGUGUAGUCUCCUAGAUGCGUCAGUACUGAUUAAUUCUCAGGUUGUGUUCUAAUACUCUGGCUAUUUUCGACCACAUUUUCUCAUCAGAAUGCCGUCUUCGUACUCCCAGAGGUGGCAACGUUUAA